CCUUUAUCACAUCUACCUCUAUUCAGCCCACUUGUCUCUAUCAAGUCCAUCAAGUUGCUUCAACUUCCCACUCCCACAGUUUCUUCUUCUCACUCUUCCCCUGUGUCAAAUCUACCUCUCAUAAACCUCAUCCCCGGAAGAGUUGAAAGUGAUGAGCGAUGCUCGCUCUACGAAGAAACAUUCUGGUUUCGAGAUCGCGUGGUUAUGAACCUACACAAAGACUCUGCAGUCAUGGGCGACCGAGCUCCACCAAAGUUGGAUGUCGAAUGCAAAGCCCUUUGGUCGGUCGACAGGGCUUGGCAUGCUCAAGAGCCUACUGGCAUGCUGUUACCCCAUCUGAGCAACGCCAUCGGCGCGGAAAGAGCCACUGGCUGAGUGGCACGGCAGCCAGAGUGGAUGCUCCAGCAAGUCAAUAUGCUGAGCUACUGAAAGGCGCCGUCAGCUUCAGCGUGGCCGUGACAAACUCAAGGAGAUCACGGCAGCGCAGAAUUGAAUGUCAAACACCAGUAAGCAAAAGGCUGGAACCUGAUUGCGACCGUCUGGUAGCUGAGAUCAUCUUCUUCCUCAAUCUUAUAUCCUUAUCAGGACUCAACAGAACGCCAGUUGACACUUGCAUGUGCAAGCCCAGGCGGAUUUUGCCACGCCGGCGUCUGGCUUUCUUACAUCUCCUGCUCAUUCUUGAUCUGACUUUCUUGUCUCAAUCAUCUUGAUCCCUUUCGCUGUAUUAGCAAGUGCACCAUGCUUUUCCUCAAGUCAGUGUUAGAUUCUCCGGGCACAAGACAUUGUCUGUGGGGCUUGCUUGGCGUUUGAGUCUCUAAAGAUGUGGUGUCGAUCUUUUUGGCGUGACGGUCAACUCUUGUCUCUUGUUUCACAUUGGGCCAUGCAAUGUCUAAUCUCUUCUCACCUGCUCAUGACCUUUCUUGAACCUGUGCGAUCUCAUCGCGUCCCUCCAUUUGCUUCCUGCAGUCUGGGUUUCUCUAUGUCGUUUCAGUGCUAUGUUC